AGAAUGUUGCGGCUAGUAAUUCUUUUAACAUCGCUGAGUCUCGGCUUAGCUUACUUCAAUCCACAUUACGCAUCGGGCCGAACUACUAUGGUGCAUCUCUUUGAAUGGAAAUGGGAUGAUAUAGCCGCUGAAUGUGAAAGGUUCCUUGGUCCCAAUGGCUUUGGUGGUAUUCAGAUAUCACCCCCUAACGAGAACCUGGUUAUAUGGUCUCACAACCGACCGUGGUGGGAACGCUACCAGCCAAUAUCAUACCGGCUUAUAACUCGUUCUGGUAAUGAACAACAGUUCGCCAGCAUGGUUAGACGGUGCAAUAAUGCUGGAGUUAGGAUCUACGUAGAUGCUAUUAUUAAUCACAUGACUGGUACUUGGAAUGAAAACGUUGGCACUGGAGGUAGUAACGCGAACUUUGGCGAGUGGCACUAUCCAUCUGUACCAUAUGGUCGUAACGAUUUCAACUGGCCCCACUGUGUAAUUACUGGCUUUGACUAUGGCUGCUGCGCUGACAGGGUGCGCAAUUGUGAAUUGUCCGGCUUGAAGGAUUUAAAUCAAGGCUCAGAAUAUGUACGAUCAAUGAUCGUUGGUUUUAUGAACAAACUUAUUGACUUGGGUGUGGCUGGUUUUAGAAUUGAUGCUGCAAAACACAUGUGGCCUACAGAUCUUCGCGUCAUUUACGAUAGGCUACAUAACUUAAACACAGACCACGGCUUUCCUUCAGGCGCACGACCUUACAUCUAUCAGGAAGUAAUUGAUCUUGGCGAAGAAGCUGUCAGUCGUGAUGAAUAUACUCCUCUAGCUGCGGUUACUGAAUUCAAAUUCGGAUUGGAACUUAGCAGAGCCUUUCAAGGUGGCAAUCAGCUUAGAUGGCUGGUCAACUGGGGUCCUCAGUGGGGCCUCCUAGCGUCUGAUGUUUCUUUAACUUUCAUUGAUAACCAUGACAACCAGAGAGGGCAUGGUGCUGGUGGAAACAUUCUUACAUAUAAACAGGCUAAGCCGUAUAAGGGGGCUAUUGCUUUCAUGUUGGCACAUCCAUACGGCGAACCUCAGUUGAUGAGUAGCUUCAACUUUAUUGAUACUGAGGCCGGUCCGCCUAUGGAUAGCAGUGGUAAUAUCAUCUCUCCUUCUAUUAACUCUGAUAACACAUGUGGCAAUGGAUGGAUUUGCGAACACCGCUGGCGUCAGAUAUUCCAGAUGGUACAAUUCAGAAAUGUAGCUUUAGGAACUGGGAUUAAUGACUGGUGGGACAACGGUGGUAACCAGAUAGCUUUCUGUCGCGGCGGCCAAGGUUUCAUUGCCUUCAAUAAUGAAUAUUGGAGCCUUAACCAGAACUUACAGACUUGCUUGCCAGCUGGAACAUAUUGUGACAUUAUUUCUGGUAUCAGAAACGGUAACAAUUGUACUGGAAAGACUAUCCAAGUAGGUAACGACGGUCGCGCAAAUAUUGUAAUCGGUGCAGAGGAAUUCGAUAUGAUACUUGCUAUUCAUAGAGGACCACAGUCAAGAAUAGAUUAA